UGUUAUUCCCUGGCUUCAAUUCAUCCCCUGCCUGUUCACAGUCGCCCCCCCGACUGCUGCCAAUGGCGCCUUCUAAUCCUCUGGCAAACUGGGAGAGACUGGGUGAUAGCUUCUAUCGCAAGGUCCUCAUAUAUGACGCGAUCUUCGAUGAAGACAUUGAAUUAGAGAACUACAUCAUCGCUGGCGCUCCGUACGGCGGAGCCAUUGCACUCCAUCGUGAUGAAAGCAAGCCAUAUCGCUUCCGGGAAGCCCAAACGACCAAGUCAAGUAUUGACAUCUACUCGUGCUCCGGCAAGCUAAUCAAUCGUCUCAAUUGGGAGUUUGGCACAAUCCGUGGUCUUGGCUGGUCCGAUCGAGAGGAGCUCUUGGUCAUCACUGAAGAUGGCACUGUCCGCCGCUACUACGGGCUCCACGGCGACUUCACUUCCUUUUCCCUUGGCAACGGUGCGGCUGAGUACGGCGUGAGGGGGUGUCGGUUCUGGACUUCUGGCUUCGUGGCCCUGCUUUCGAACAAUCAGCUGGUGGCCGUGUCGAACUACGAGGAACCUCGGCCGCGCCUCUUAGCCCCUUGUCCCGAAGGAGAGGUAUCGUCGUGGUCGUUGAUACCUCCGGCGUACACAUUGUCUCGAUCAGUCGAGGUCUUGCUUGCCGUUGACAAGACCGUCUACCUGGUUGACCCCACAGAAGCAGAGGACAAAAUCCUGCAGAAUGGACCCUUCAAGCAUGUGAGUGUCUCCCCAACUGGGAGAUUUGUCGCACUCAUAACCGCAGAAGGGAAAGUCUGGGUGGUAAGUAGCGACUUUCAAAGCAAGUACAGCGAAUAUGACCCGGAGUCUCGGGUGACGCCCAGGAGUGUGGACUGGUGUGGAAAUGAUGCCGUUGUUAUCGCGUGGGAGGAUGAGGUGCAUCUCAUCGGUCCCAAUGGAGUUGCCGCGAGGUACUACUACGAUGGGACCGUUCAUGUCGUCCCGGAAUUCGAUGGCGUACGACUGAUAACUAACGAUGCAUGCGAAUUCUUGCACAAAGUCACUGAUGUUACGGAGGCUAUCUUCCGGCUUGGCUCUACCUCGCCGGCAUCAGUGCUCCUAGAUUCAGUGGACUUGCUGGAGAAGAAAUCUCCCAAAGCCGAUGAGAACAUCCAACGAAUUCGCCCGAGUCUGCCCGAGGCAGUUGACACCUGCGUCAAAGCAGCGGGCCAGGAGUUUGAUCCGCACUGGCAAAAGCGGCUGCUGAAGGCGGCCUCCUUCGGCAAGUCAGUGCUUGAUUUAUACAACAGCGAUGACUUCGUGGAAAUGACGGAGAAACUGCGAGUGCUGAAGGCUGUAAGGGACUAUCAAAUUGGCUUGCCGAUCUCCUACGAGCAGUACAUGCGCCUCACGCCCGAGCGGCUCAUUGAACGCUUGGUGAACAGGCACGAGUAUCUUCUCGCAAUCCGAAUCUCAGAAUAUCUUGAACUUGCCGCCGACAGAAUCUACGUUCAUUGGGCGAGCCAAAAAGUCAAAGUCGCGACGGGAGACGACGACGCCGUCUGUAAGCUUAUUGUCCAGAGACUGGACGGAAAGCCAGGCAUAUCUUUCGAACUCAUUGCUCAGACGGCUUUCGACGAAGGACGGGUGCAUCUCGCAACACAGCUAUUGAACCACGAACCGCGGGCCGGCAAGCAGGUUCCGCUGCUGUUGAACAUGGAAGAGGAUGAAAUCGCUCUAGACAAAGCCAUUGAAAGUGGAGAUAUCGACCUGGUGAACUACGUCCUUCUGCAGCUCAAGACAAAGCUUCCCCUUGCAAGCUUUUUCCGGACAAUAAACAACCGUCCGAUGGCAUCUGCGCUGGUGGAGACAAACGCCCGAUCGCAGGACAAGGAGCUGCUCAAAGAUUUGUUUUACCAGGAUGAUCGCCCCAUUGAUGGUUCAAAUGUGCUUCUGUCCGAGGCGUUGGAAGAGACGGAUUUGCCACGGAAGACGGAGAAACUUCACUUAGCAUCCCGUCUGCUGGCAGAUUCGAAAGAUCCCUCGGCGGUGUUACAACAGAAGCUAGUGUCGGAAGCUUCACAGCUUCUCAAAGUACAAGAAGCCUUGGACAAGGACCUCGCUGACAGGUCCGAGUUUCUAGGCCUGAGCUUGAACGAGACAAUAUUUAGAUUGAUCAGAUCAGGUUACGGAAAGAGAGCACAGAAGCUCCAAAGCGAGUUCAAGAUGCCAGAGAAAACUUUCUGGUGGUUGAGAUUGAGAGCCUUGGUCGCUAAGCGAGAUUGGGGCGAGUUGGAAGACAUCGGCAAAAUCAAGAAGUCCCCAAUAGGGUGGGAGCCUUUUUACAAUGAAAUCCUAGGGGCGGGUAACACGAAGCUCGCCUCGGUCUUUGUCCCCAAAUGCACCAACCUGCCCGCAGAUGAAAAAGUGGAAAUGUGGGUGAAAUGUGGAAUGAUAGCCAAAGCAGGCGAGGAAGCCUUCCGAGCAAAGAAUAUGAAUGCCCUCGAGCUCCUGCAGGCACGGGCGUCCGGACCAGCCGCCGCCGAAAUCGACCGGAUGAUCAAGCAGCUGAGGCCGAAGAAAUAAAGAUUUGGUGCGACCCCAAGACCUUCUCUUGCGAAGCUGGUUCAAGUGAUCUCGUCAUCCUCGUCGUUAUCGGCGUGUUGAUCGACAGCCAGGUUCUGGGCCGCGAAGGUCGAUUGCGUUGCGGGCUUGCUUUUCUUCGCGGGGGCAGAGUCAUCCAUCAUGGCGUCGUCAGCGUCAUCGGCCUCAUCGGCGAGCGCUUGGAACAUUGUCUUCGAAACCUUGCGGUUCAGAUCUUCCCAUUCGCCCUAAAAGCGUCCAUUGUCAGAGGAUUGUGCGUAAGAAGUAUUUGCAUUUGGCUAGAGCCCAUACCCUACGAGCUUUGACAACUUUAGCACGACUGAUGCUGCGGUUGACUUUACUCUCGAGCUGGUCCAUGACCGCUUCUGCUCUUUCAACACCUUUCUGCUGUC